CGCGAGAAUUAAGAAAAAUGUCUCUAAAAUUCAAUAAAUACUAAUAUCUUUUUAAAAAAAUAGAAAAAGUAAGGCGUUCUCAUUGGAUGGGACGGGGAAUUAUCUAGGCGAACUGUGGAUUCUGGUUUUUGGUAAGUAAAUUGAUCAGUUGUGUGUAGAUAUUUAUUAAAUUACCGGUACAUACUUGUUACUGAUCAAAUGAUAAAGUAUGGAGGAUCAAUUAUUUCAAGAUAAAAUCCUGUCUUAUAUAGUAUUCCGAUGGCUAAAAUGUUCAGCAUUAGUUGGAAUUCUUUUCAUGAAUAUUUUGUCGAGUUCAGGAACAGUUCAAUUACCGACACAGGUCAAGCAUUUAAAAACAAUUGAUCAAAAAAUAUAUGAUCAAAAAAUACGAUCUAAACUCUUUCAGAUACUGAUAAAAAGGGAAAACGUAUAUCAUUAAAGAUAGCAGAUACUGUAUAUACUUAUAUAUAUAUAAUAUAUAGGCCUAUAGUUAACGCUGUUCAAAUUGUGCCUGUAUAUGGAACUGAGUGCACGAUUUCAUCGCGGUACGUAGUUUUAUGUACUUGUAUUUUAUGAUAUUUUAACACGGUAACCUAUCAGUCUUGAAUAUAGAAGCAUUAAAUAUAGCAUAUACAAAGAUAAUAAAAUGCUUUCAUCGUGCGCCGUGCAUAUAGACAAGAUAGCUAAACAAUUAUAUACUACUGUCAUUAAUGCAAUUAAAAAAAAACACUAAAAUUAUAAUAAUUAAAUGUCGGAAAAAUUUCAUUCAUUCACUCUGUCAAUUCGGCUAACAGUCAUUCCAGAUUUUUGCCGCUAUAAAAAACUACAACUUAUCUUCAUUGCGUAAGUUUCAGGCUUAUAGAAAGCGUCAGCAUUAAUAGGCCAGUAUCACGUCAAUCAUAAAAUCUAUUUCCUUGGAUGUUAAACAGUUAAGUUCAUUUAUUUUUCAGUUAAAUUCAACGCUUUUGAGUUGCUGUAAAUGCAAUGUGUUCAGUGUUCGCUAAUGUCUUGUUGCCCGAGCGUGCCCCGUCGGUCAAAUUUCGGCCAUACCAAUCAGUUAUACUGCUGGCGAAAUGUCUGUUGACCGUAUAGGUUUUUUGACUAAAUGUCUGUCCCCAAAAUAUGUCUGUGGGUCAAAUGUCUGUCGGUUAACCAAAUGUCUGUUGACCGUCGGUUUCUUGACCAAAUGUCAGUCAAUUGUGUUGGUCAUAUAUCUGUGGUUGAAAUGUGUGGCUAAAUACACAUUUGCCAGCUCAAUAUAAUGCACAUAACAGAUGUUCCCUUUUGUUUAGGUUCGGUAAUACUUGACAAUGAGAUUCUGCCAGUUGUGUAUAAUACUUUCAUUCGUUUACUUGACCAAAGGUGAGUUUUUCACAGUACAAGAAUUAUCAUUUAUCCUAGAAAUGCUUCCUGAUAUGAGCCUCUAUGCAUUGCGAAUUGUCAACUACGAAUAUUUGUGGUUCGUGUGUAUGAACCAUCGCAGAAAAUGUGGCAUAUAAGAGGCACUCCCGACCUGCUGUAGUGCUGUGUGAGUGUUAUCGCUGUUCAAAGCAACUUUUAGGGUGCACACAAAGAUUUAUUGGUUGUAUCUCCACAUGUGAAAAUGUAUUUGUCAAGGAAGAAGGUCACACAAAACUUGCCGUGUACGUAGACGGUGACAGCUUCACCUUUUAAAUAUCGUUCGAUGCUGUUGAGACUUGUGAUGAUGAUAUUAUAUAGAAUCGCGAUGAUCGAGGUUUUGUAGAUAGAUCGCAAAACAUAUUUUUAAGAAGUCAAAAUAAUAUGAAACAAUUGCGUUUUUUUUUCAUUUGUAGCUGGUCCUGUGAGGCGAAAUGUACCACUCGCGCAAGGCAUGUCGGACGCGCCUCAAGACACACAAAUAGGCACAGAACAAGGCGUUGUGUCUGUUGCCCCUAACAACGAGAACACGAACAAUCAUAACAUUGCAAACAGUAACCUGGCUUCAAACCCUCCGAUAAUAAACGGCGACAACAACGCCCCGAAUGGCGCAGACAUGGGUAACGCGGGCGUCUCUAACACGGAAACCGCAAACCAAGGUAUGGCCGGCGCGGAAACAGCAGGCCAAGGUUCGGCAGACAACGCUCCGACGGUGGACGCAAAGCUGGAUGAAGACCACCAAGUGAAGCCAGUUGCAGAAAAGGGGGAACUUCAACAGACCAUGGUUCACCAGGGGGGUGAGGUGGAGAAAGUGUAUGCUGGAACGCCUGAAGAUGUGGCAACCAGUGAUCACAAAGGCAUCAAACAGCCUUUACACACCAUUGUGAAACCCAACGGCGAAAUAGAGAAGGUGUAUGUUGGAACACCCACUGAGAAUAAGAAGAUCCUGAGUAAGGAGGAGAGGAAAGGCAUGAAGGAAGGUUAGAUCUAUGAAAUUAAACGCCACUCAGAAAGAUAAUAUACAAACAUUCUUGCAGGGGGGUUCGUCCGGGAUUGGCUCACCACCGGAAGCUCAUCCCAUACCACAUAAAUACACACAUUGAGCAAAACUCGCAUAGAAUAAUCAAUGGAUCAAGAUUAAGUGCAUAUGACAUGACAUUUCUUAUUUUCUUGAAUGAAAGAACUCUUUAAGCUGUAGUGUAACUUAUUUUUCAGUUUCUUGUUUUUAUGGUUUGUUCCAGAGAUAUUUCAAUUUGUUUUAUUAUGUAAAUGAGUGUGAAUAUGUCCGCUAAUUUAUGACGUCACUUUGGUUGCCAGCUCAACUUACACUGGUUAUAAAUGUAUUAACUCUAAAAACUGUAGAUAUCAGUUCACGUUUCUCCAGUACUUCAUCACAUUUACAAGUGAGUGAAGUUUGAAAUGAUCAUCUUGGAUGAUAGCAGUGAUAUUCAACCAUUUUGAAGAGCUUGCAACCAAUGUGACGUCAUAAAUUAACGGACAUAUUCAUAUCAUUUACAUAUCAAAAAAAUUGAAAUAUCUCGGGAAAAACCCAUAAAAAACAAGAAACUGAUACACUACAGCUUAAAGGGUUCUUUCAUUUAAGAAAAUAAGAAAUUUCAUUUCAUAAAUUCACUUUAAACGUUCUUUAUGAAUUAAUAAUGAUUUCAUAUCUACACAUAGAAAAUCAAAUAAAUGUUUUAUUUUUCCUAGCCACGGCAACCCUUGCUCACGAUACGUUUAAUAUCAGUAUUCCUUUAAAGCCAAGAAAACCUCUGGUCAUCAAAUUCAUUGGCAACGAAACGGAGGGCGUUUAUGUAAAAUCCCCUGGUACGUAUGUAGACAGAAAAUGAUUCUCAUUUUAUCCCGUAGUUAGUUACAACACCUCACAGCUGUAAAGUGAUUCGCUUUAAAUUAGAAAAUAUAUUCCCUGAAGUCUACCUUUCCUUAUUUUGCUUACACAGAAGACAAAGUAUGCCAGUACAAAACUUUAUUUAAUGAACAGUUUUAUUAUGGCUCGAAGUGAAACACGAAUAGUGAUUGAAUACGUUGAUUGUCUUGCUGAUCCAAUGGUUCUAUUUUGUUAUUAAUGUAAACUGAAUUUAAACUCUUACAGCUUCAGAAAAUUUUAAAACAAGCUGUGUUACCGAGCACAACAAGAAACGUACGAUCCACAACGCUCAUCCAUUAGUCUGGAGCGACAAACUAGCAGAAAGCGCCCAAACAUGGGCUGACCAUCUAGCUGAACUUGAUGACGACAUACCAGAUACGAACAAUAGAAAAUACGGAGAGAAUAUCUUCUGGACGCGACCACAGCUGCCUGAGGACGAGUUGUGUAAGGCAGCCGUAGACGAAUGGUAAGCAUAUACCCCAAGCUCGUUAAUAAUUCAUGAGUAUAAAUUAGCCAAUCACAUUGCUUCAUUUUGCUCACAUGCUAAUACUGGAGACCUGGUCAAGUAUAUGGAUUCAAUCUUUGAAUUAGAUCAAAAUUAAUUCACUUUAAAAGUAGAGAUUUAUUCGUAUGAGAUUUCAUUGCGAAUCCUAGCCUCCACUUCGAACUAGACUAGAUUUCAAAUGUUGUCCAGUUCUCCGUAGUCGGCAGGUUUGAAAUAUUACUUCGAAAAACCCUAAACUAUCCAAGGCUUUAACUAUGUUCAUUGUUUACAGCUUUACAUAGAGAUUUUCUUCUUCUAAAGCCCUGGACAAACUAGCAAGCAUUGUUGCGGAAACAUUUGUGAUUCUCGAUGUUUCCUCAAAAAUGUUUCCACGUUUGCCCACCCGUGGAAACAUUGUUGCGGAAACAAAAUUUGCUUCCCGGGAAGCAAAAAUGUUUCCUAGAAAAUUCAGAAACAUUUGAUGUUUCCCUAUGUUUCUCACCAAUGUUUCCAAGUGUUUUCCAACUCUGGGAAACAUGGCGAAACAUUGGUAGGAAACAAUGUUUCCGCAACAAUGUUUCCGCAACAAUGGUUCCUAGUUUGCCCAGGGCUUAACUAACUAUAGCAUGCUAGUUUGUCAACAAUGCUGAAUCGAAAAUUCACUAUCGAUGUUGGAAUAUUCCAGGUACAAUGAAGUGAAGCUGUAUGAUUUUUCUGCGUCCCACAAGCGCAAUUAUGAUGCGGAUCCAGUGAAUGAAUUUACUCAGUUGGUGUACGAUGGUCAGACACGCGAAGUGGGCGUCGCGUUCUCCCUCAGUCGGAGCAAUAAGCAGUAUGUGGUGGCGCGUUAUUACAAGAAACGAAAUGAGAUGAUGCUGGAUUCCGAGGUGCACCCCGCUCAUUCCGGUAAGAUUUCUGCAUUACCGACCAAGGAUUAUUUUAGGCAAAUUAUAUUCAUUUACACUGGAAAUUCUUUUCAAAAUCCUUACUUUGGAAACAGUAUAUGGAUGUUCGUUGAAAAUAGUAGAGGAAUCCAAUUGCCAUACUAAUUGCAAAUGCCAAUUUCCAUACUAUAUGCGUAUGGAUAUCAUAGAUAUUUUAUAUACACUAGAUAGCGCAUCUCUUUUAGUGUAAAUUGAAGCCAAGAAUAUUCCAGCGCUUACCCCCAUUUGAAUAGAUGGCGGUCAUGUUGGAGUUUCCCACUCGCUAAUAAACGCUUAAAAACAACAAUAACUUUCAUCAUUUGAAUAGUUUGAAAAUGUAUUUGGAAUAGGUUUAACUUAAUGUUUAAGUUUCCUGUUUAUAAAAUAGAAAACAUACGAGUCUUCUCAUUUCAUGGGAAUAUCCUGAGUCUGCAAUCACGGCUUCAAUUUUUGAAUUGCAGAAUAAUUAGAUGCACUAUCUAGUGUAUAUAAGAUAUCUAUGAUGGAUUCAAGAUCAGUAAACUCAAUGUUUUUAAAAAUGAAAAAAAUGUCUUAAAAUGUUAAAAACAUUUACGUUUACUGAUCUUGAAUUAUUCUUUAAUUAAUUGAUUUUCCUAGUUAGUUUUUCAAUUAAAAGGGCUGAAAUGCACCUUAAAAACCAUCAUGCCUUUCAUGCGCUUAAUUGUAAAAGCUUGUAUCUUUCUCAUUUUAGAUCGUUCGCGAGUUCGUUUUGACAGACCAGUGUUUCAAAGUAAGUACGAGAUUUCUGGCCAUAUUUUGUACAAUAGACAGUAAACUUUAUUAUUUCAUUUACUCACAUUUCUUGCCAAUAUCAUCAAUAUUUCACUUUCCGUUCAGCUUACAAUAUGAUUAUCCGAAUUCCACGAACUUCCUGGGUGCCACAGUACAAACAAGCAAAUUCACCAGCCUUCCAAAGGCUAGAAAGCAAAAUGAAAAAUGCGGUAAGAUUACACUCAGAUUUAAUAAUAUUAUCUAUAGCUCUUUCCCAUUACCUCUGGUUAAAUUUUUUUUGCUAACAUUUCCUGACUCAGUACCGGAAGGAAACAGUUUGUUUAUAAAUUAAAUUAGCACUCAUGAAUAUGAAGCCAAAAUAUUUCAAAUGGAGCAAAGAAAUUUAAACCACGCGUUCGCUUUUCAUUUCGCUGCGUUUAGAAACCGUGCUUAAGGAGGCUCCCUACAGUUCCGUGCGGGAUGUUCGCGGGACAAGUACGGGAACUAUCCCACGCAACUGCAUGAUCAAAACAAAACAAAAAUUGACCAUGCUUUUUUUAAAAAUAAAGCUAUUUCUGAAAGGUUUCUAAUGGAAAAAAGCGUUGAAUAAUACUUCGUUUUGAGUGCCAAAUCACUUGCGAGCAAUUCUACAUAUGAUACGAAUAUCACUAGACCAAAAAAUAGCUACGAAACAAUAUUUUUUAAUUUUUUUAUACACUGUCAAGUGACUCAACUGUAAAACAUUUGCAAAAUUGCAUACAAACGUACGUUUAAAAAGUUGUUUACUUCUCAAGUAAACGUUCACGUUUUUAGUCGUGUUUCUACAAGAUUAAAGUGAUUAUAUGCAGAAAAAUAUUUCAGUUUCAUAGCCUAAUUUUUCACUUUUAGCAAAAAGUACAAAACCAAACAUGAAACAAAAAACACGUCCACCUGUUAAUAGGCUGUUACAGCUCAUAGAUUAAGUAAACGGCAUGAUUCAAUUAGCUUCAACCUUGUUUUCAUCGAUUUAAUCCUUCACAAUAAUCCUUGGCUGUCCAUAGCACUCAAAUAAAUCGAAAAGUUGACAAAAACAAAACAGUAAAAACAACAUUGCGGCUCGAUUUUGCUGAAUGAAAAUUCGUUCUGCGCCCGCGUACAAUAUUUUACUAGUCAGCGACGCUUUUCAAUAAGGGAAUUUCUCGAGUUACACGAGGCUAUUUUCUAACUUUAUUUGCAUUUUUCUCAUUAGUUUCAUCGGUGACCUAUCUUCAAAUUUUGACCACGAAUUUAUUUUGCGGUAAAUUUUAUAAAUUUCAAAUUUUAAAAAAAUCUGUAGUGUGGAAAUUUCGCAAUAAAUAUUUCGCUUUUAAAAAAAUCACACACUACAGAAUUUUUUUAAACUUUCACCACAGUUGCAGAGCAUCAUUCCUUAUUGAUAUAUGAAAUAAAAAAGAUAGGUCACCGACAUCGUUUUUGAGAUAGCGGCACAUUUAUGGGUUAAAUUGGAAGGCUUUAUGCUGUCGUCAUGUUGCCAUGGGAACAUUGACAUCGUCGAAAUCUAGUUCGAAAUAUUCCUUAGGUGACCAAUAUUGCCACCAAGGCGAAAAGAAUUCGCGUUCUGCACAAAUAAGCCUGUUUUACGGAAUUAUUGCUUAAACAAGAAUAACUGUAGGGAGCCACCUUAAAUUGUUACUACAAUCAAAAAUAGAAAAUAGGUCAGAAUAAAUUAGUAAAAAGCCAAAAAUUAGCUGAUGCACUCUCUUCAGCAACCUUGAUAACAUACUAAAAGUCCUCGUGUAUCCUCUUGGAGCUUUCUCCAUUAUGACAAGUUUUUUGUUCGAUUUCCCUAGUGAACUCCUAUAUUAUUAAAAAAGUGAAAUUUCAGAUUCACUUAUAGGAAAAAUAAGUUACAUCAUUAGAAAACUUACAAAAAACUACAUAUAAGACAUUUAAACGGCUACCUUGAUUUUGCAAGUUCUUCUUGAGUUAUGAGCUGUUGGAAACGUGUUGUCAGACUAGUACCCAGGAUUUUUGCCAGAUUUUGGCCUAUUUGUCACAUUUGGAACAGCAAUAACUCGAAAACCGCUUGAAAAAUUUAGGUGACUGUUUAAAUAUCUUAUAUGUAGUUUUAUGAGCUUUAUAGUGAUGCGAGUCAUUUUUGUUAUGAGUGAACUUGAAAUUUCACGUUUUUUAACAAUAUGGGAGUAUAAUAGGGAAAUCGAAAAAAACCUUGUCAGAAUGGAAAAAGCUCCAAGAGGAUACAUGGGGCCGGACUUUUAGUAUACUGUUCAGGAUAAUUAAAUUAUUGCAUCUAACAAUUGUUAGCUUUUUACUAUUUUUUUUCCAACCUUGGCCUUAAAAUGAGCUAAAAUUACUGAACUAUACGGCAAAGGUGAGAAGCAAUCUCGUUUUAAAUUGUUCAGAAGUGAUGUUUCAAACGCUCUUCUCUCUUGUUUAGUUCAAGGCAACGUUUCAGGAGAGUCCAACAGUCACAAGUCUGGUGGACUUCAAACUGAACACAUUUAAGUGAGUGUAUAGGAUGGUAGGGCCAGAGGUGUCCGGUGUAUUGGUAUUUUGGUACUUGUGGUAUACAGUAUACUAAAAUAGAAGUAACCUUACUUUCUUACAGGUUAGAUGACAGAAAACCCGGAAGGUAAGAAUUGCUGAAUUAUUGACGAAUAGAUCGUGUCGCAACCUUGUUCUAAAGGGCCCCCGGCUUAAACUGGAAUAGGGUCCCAGUGUUCCCGCCAUAGAUAUCUUAUAUACACUAGAUAGCGCAUCUCUUUAAGUAAAAUUGAAGCCAAGAAAAUUCCAGCGGAUACCCCCAUUUGAAUAGAUGGCGGUCAUGUUGGAGUUUCCCACUCGCUAAUAAACGCUUAAAAAACAACAAUAACUUUCAUCAUUUGAAUAGUUUGAAAAUGUAUUUGGAAUAGGUUUACGAGUCCUCUCAUUUCAUGGGAAUAUCCUGAGUUUGCAAUCACGGCUUCAAUUUUUGAAUUGUAGAAUAAUUACAUGCACUAUCUAGUGAAUAUAAGAUAUCUAUGGUUCCCGCCCAUUUAAAGUGGCGACGGGAGACGGGGGCGUUACGUAAAAAAGAUGCACAAUUUGCUGAAAUACAUCAAGUUUGCUAUUUUGCCCAAUGGUUGUUUUUGAAUAGCUGGAGGGUUAGUGUCGUACUUUACUAUGUGACUGCUCACCCUCGAGCUUUUCAAAAACAGCAUUGACAUUCAAGAGACGCUCAGAUUGAGUGUGAGCUUUUAGAAUACGGGCGUUAAACAUCAAUCUAUAGUCUGGCUAGCCUGACGCAAGCUAUAUUAGAAGAAAAAAAUAAUAGAAUAACUAAAUACCUUUUAUGUAUUUUGCCCAAACAGUAGCGCCAUUCUUGCUGAUCUCGAUGUGAAAUUCUAUCCAUACGUCAAAGAUCCAAUACAAAGACUGAGAAGCAGCAUUUUCCACGGUCAGCUCAACGGAAUGGAACUCGAUGAUAACUUUUUGAAAGUCUUCAAUAAGACAGGUACGUUGUAAUUCCUUUUCAAACAAAAGACGGUAUCAAACCAGAUAAUAUCAAACCAGAAAAUAACAUCUGAACUAAACAAAAAAAUACUCGUUAAUUCAUCGUUAAAAGAGAUGGUUUGGAAACUCGUUAAAAUUACAGUAGAAGUUAUAAUUACUCAUUAUGUCAACGUUCGUGCAAACAUAUGGUCUUUAAUCGUCACGUGCGUAUUCUAAUUUUGAUAAAUCCACCAAUAGCAAUAUUCAAGUUACCCAAUCGUUCAAGUAACGGAUUGCUAACUUUCCAGAAACAUUGCUAUUGGUUUAAAGUUGGGCGAAAAUACAAUACACACCGUGACGGUGAAGGACCAGAUUUCUGAAUAAACCUAAAAACAUAGAUAUAAUGAGUUAUCUAACUUAUAAUCACUUCCAAAAGUCUCUUUGACCGAAAAGUCCAAAGGUCUGCAAACGUCUCAAAAAACCACGAAUAUUCGCUUGACAAUUCUAAAAAUUCAUAAAAUAUAGUAUUACUCUUGAAACUAAAUUUACGUCUGAAUUGAAUGAAAAUCUGAAACGACUAAUCCAUCUUACGGACAGCCUGUAUUAGUCUUGCUGGAACAACUUGUAGCAAGUCUGUUACUGUCAUCAACCUUGUAACAAGGUGAUAACAAUUUGUUUUAGAAUGUACACUUGGCUAAAUAAACAUGUUUGAUCUGCAGGUGUGUACGUACCUCCCACGACGUGGAAAGACAAAAUGGAAAAAACAGAUCUUCAGGCAGACGCACUUCGCCCAAAAACUGGAGCUACCGAUCCAAUAACAGGCGCGCCAACGAACGUCACGUAUCCACAACCAAUCUCCGAAGAUAUCGACCUUCUGGAUCGCAAGCCAUGCCAGGGAGGAAUUUGUGAGACGUAUCUUAUCAAAGAUCGAUCUAAAGAAGCCGGUACCAAUUGUUCUGCACCAGUGAAAACAGUUCCUGCAAAUGCGACUCCGAUUAUGAGCCCACCUCCCAACGGCUUCGCCCAACCAUGCUGUAAUCAGAUGCCACCCCCUCAACCCUGCCUGGCCCUAGCAUGUCCCCCACCGUCCCCCAUGCCUGCGUGUAAUCCCAACUGUAAACCCAAACCGAAUGGAGUGUGGCCUUCAGCUUUAUACCGGCGGGGAGGCAUUGCUUUUGAAAAUCACAAGAACGGACCAUGAGUGCCUCACGACUGGCCAACUUUCAGAAAGUUACAUUCUGAUGGUACUUUUCGUUACCGGCUGCAAACUGGCAUUUUCUUAUAGUGUAAACAUUGGUGAAUAAGACUAUAUAUGUAUGUAUUUUAAAAUUUUGUUAUAGGUUGAUGAAAAAUUCAAAAUUUCAAGUUUACUUUCGGCAAAAAUAAAUUACACCAUUUAAAGAAAGUUUCGCAAACUAAAGACAUUAAAGCGAUUAGUGCAAGCCGGUUUUAACAAGGGGCUUAAAUUUGGCAAAAUAUUAAAUUUAAACUAAUAAGAAAAUGCUGGUUGACAACUUGUAAAACAAAAGAAUUCCAUCAAAUUUUUGGCACUUUUAUUGCUGUUGGCCGACCGUCUGUGUAUGUUGAAUAUGCUUUGACAGCGCUGUAAAAAACUCUGUGAACUUUGAGCGCUUUAAACGUUUCAGAUAAAAUGUAUUUUCUGUCAUGUAUAUUCUGUGAAUAUUAAUUCCCAAAGUGCCCCAAAUUAUUUAGUAAUGUUUACUUGCUUUGUACAAAGCAACUCGAAAUGGGAAAAAAUUUUCCGACGUCAAGUCUUUUUUGAAAUUUUGCUCAUCACUAUUUCAACAGCAAGGUUGAAUAUAGAACAGAUCGUUGAACCUUGAACGUUGAUACAACGUCAAGAUUGCAAAGCUGCAUCAAAUUUGAGAAGCAACAAACACUAUUUUAAGAUUAAAUAAAUAUUACUAUACAAAACACUUUGUGCUGAGCACUUUUCAAUAUACAACAAUUACAAAUAUUGUACGUCAUCUACCGUGUGUGCACUAUUCUGUAAUCUGAUUGGUUGAGCUACUCGCCGUAUACCAGCUCCCACAGGGCGAGUGGCGAAAACAAGAUCUCGACACAAAAACUACAAGUUUUGCGAACCAGAACGAGUGUAUAAUAAACUAUACUUGAAUACAAAAAUACAUUUUAGGGCUAAAUAAGGUUCAAUAGCGAGUGUAAAAAAGUUAAUCCAAUUUUGAGAUAUUAUUAUGCGUUAUAGAUAGGCUAAUACCUUUAAAGGCUUACAGUCGAUUUCACGAAACUUUGACCACAAAUGUUCCGAACUUCGUUGCGAAGUUCGCUGCGAAGUUCGGAAGCUCAUAUUGGAAUUCACAAGCCAAUUUGUAAACAAAGUCCCUGAUUGGUCCGUGAAGUAAAAGAAGCCAAUCAAAUGCGUAGUUUACGAACUGGUUUGUGAAUCUCAUUAUGAACUUUUGAACUUCGCAACAAUCUUGUGAACUUCGCAACGAAGUUCGGAAAAUUUGUGGUCAAAGUUUCGUGAAAUCGACUGUAAACCCCGUUUACACUACGCUCAAUUUUUGGUACGGCACGGAUAAAACUGGUACCAGUGCAACUUUUAUGGUUCUUAGACUACCACCUAUUUAGGUAGUCCAAGAACCAAAAAAGUAGCACGGUACCAAAAAUCAAGCGUAGUGUAAACGGGGCUUUAAUCCCUUUCCUAUCAAUAAAUUUCAGACUUUUGGCUCUCAAUUUAAAAAAAAUGUUUUGUCUGAUUACGGUGAACUAACUCAGAACUCUGCAGCGAGAAUCGAAACCAUGUUCUCAGACGUGCUUGCUCUGAAGAUUAAGUAUCGAAACCGCGACACCACAGAGAAGAGAUAGUACAGAGAGGAAACACGCGCCAAAUGGAUUGCAUUAUAGACUAAAUUUUGUCUAGACAAAAAUUUCAUCACAGCUUGAAAGAGCAUCACAAAAUUAGUAAUAUUCCAAAGUUUCUUUACGAAAUGUU